CCGCGCAGAGGAAGGCGGGCGGUCAAACUUGGUCACCCCCGAGCGCCGCUGGCCUCGGGCCAUCUGGGAACGGGCAGGUGCGGGGGCGCAGACGUCGGGACCAUUAGUGCUGACUUUGCCUUCUUAAGUUCAACAAGUCCCCUCGUGGGUGGCGACACUGUGAGCAGACUGUGGGACCGGGUUGGAAGCUUUGCGCUCUGACGCGAACGCUGCGCCUUCAGGAAGAAGGAACGCUGGUUUUGCUGUGGGAAACUUCGACGUGGCGAUGGUCUCUGGACAAUCUAGGGGUUCGAGCGUGACAUUCCGUCUAGGAAGCACAGGGUUCUGGACUCGCUGUUCGAGACCUGCAGGUGCUGACCAGGGUUGAGAUCUUUCUCACGCUGGAGACCCACUCGCCGUCAGCGGGAUCUCUAACAUUCUGUGGCUCCUUAAGAUGUCAGUCUUAAUCUUAGGACUUGGAAUUCUUUUAUUUCUGUUCAGAAGUCUGUCCUAUCAAACAUCAUUCAGUAGCCUCGAGCCAGAACGCCCACACUCUGCUUUGGGUGUCCAGGAGCUGAAGCUUCUACCUGAGGAGCGUCUCAGGAGCCUGUUUACCUACGAUGGAAUCUGGCUCUUCCCUAAAAGUCAGUGCAAAUGUGAAGCCACCACGCAGGAGAGAAGUUACAACUUGCAGGAUGCCUACAACCAGAGCGACCUGCCGGCAGUGAAAGCGAGGAGACAAGCCGAAUUUGAACACUUUCAGAGGAGCAGGGAAUGCUCAGGUGUGCAAACUGCAGGAGGCACCUUGGGAGGGGAGGAGAACCAGGAAAGGGAUCCGAAGAGGUGGAAAGGAGAAGGGCUGCCCCGUCCACCGCCGCUGCUGGCUCAACCCAACCUCCCCUUCGGGUACCCAGUCCACGGAGUGGAGGUGAUGCCCCUGCACACAGUGCCCAUCCCAGGUCUCCAGUUUGAAGGACCAGAGGCCCCUGUCUACGAGGUCACGCUGACAGCUUCUUUGGGGACACUGAACACCCUCGCUGACAUUCCAGAUGGCGUGGUGCAGGGCAGAGGCCAGAAGCAGAUGACCAUCUCGACCCAUGACCGGAAGAUUUUGAAAUUCAUUCUCCAGCACGUGACAUACACCAGCGUGGGGUACCAGCACAACAGGGUGGACACGGUGACUCUGGAGGCCAAGUCCUCAGUGGCCAAGUUUCCAGUGACCAUCCGCCAUCCUGUCACACCCAAGUUAUAUGACCCUGGACCAGAGAGGAAGCUCAGAAACCUGGUGACCAUUGCCACCAAGACUUUCUUCCGCCCCCACAAGCUCAUGAUCUUGCUCCGGAGUAUUCGACGCUAUUACCCAGACUUGACUGUAAUUGUGGCUGACGACAGUGAGAAGCCCAUGGAAAUUAAAGAUGACCAUGUGGAGUAUUACGCUAUGCCCUUUGGGAAGGGUUGGUUUGCUGGUAGGAACCUGGCCAUAUCGCAGGUCACAACCAAAUAUGUGCUCUGGGUGGAUGAUGACUUUUUCUUCAACAACAGGACCAAGAUCGAGGUGCUGGUGGAUGUCCUGGAGAACACCGAACUGGAUGUGGUAGGCGGCAGCGUGCUGGGAAACACCUUCCAGUUCAAGCUGUUGCUGGAGCAGACUGAGAACGGAGACUGUCUUCACAAGAAGCUGGGGUCUUUCCACCCCCUGGGUGGCUUCCCCAACUGCAUGGUGACCAGCGGUGUUGUCAACUUCUUCCUGGCGCACACAGAACGGCUCCGAAGUGUUGGCUUUGACCCCCGCCUGCAGAGAGUGGCUCACUCAGAGUUCUUUAUUGAUGGGCUAGGGAGCCUGCUCGUGGGGUCUUGCCCGGGCGUGAUGGUCGGUCACCAGCCCCAGUUUCUAAAAGUGAAUGGAGAGCUGGAGAAGAUCUACAGCAAGUACCGGGCCAACACCAGGGACCAGGUGCAGACUAAGUUGGCUCUCCACUACUUCAAGAACCACCUCCAGUGCCUCACAUAAAGGCGCGGGGCACAGGACAGCAGCCGGCCGAUGGCUGUGGUCUCUAGAACAGGGAGCCCGUGCUGAGGGGGGCCAGAACCAGCACUCCUGCUGAGGUGAACAGAGUGACAAGCCAACUGUUGGGAUGGGCAAAUGGGCGCAGCAGUCACUGAAAAUACCAGUCAAAUGUUAAGGGCCAUUAGAAAUAGACCAUGGGGGCUGGCAUGUGGCAGGGUGGUUAAGGGUGCUGGACUCCCACAUGGCCAACCCUGGUUCGAG